AUGCCCGGGCAGGUUUCUUCAGCGUCCUUGCCACCGGUCAUUUCCUCCGUUCAGGCGUACGUUAAGGCGUUGCUCCAUUGCCACAAGUACCCAACGCAGGCGGUUUCCGGUUUCCUCAUCGGUAAACGCAUCAGCGCCACCAGCAACACCAACGCCAGCAGUCCUGCUUCCAACAGCUCCGCCGCCGCAACGCCAACGACUGUACUUGGUGCUAAUGCGAUCCCUAACUUCACAGCCAAUGCGAUUAGUGCUACCAAUGCUGACGGUAAUAACGUUAACAGCUCCGGUAGCAGCAGUGACGAAGCUGAAUGUAUUUUUGUGGCAGAUGCCGUGCCGCUUUUCCACACCAUCAUAAUGACAGAUCCACACCCAAUGAUGACGGUUGCAUAUGCGCAGGUUUCCAGCUACGCCCGUACAAAGGGUCUUGUACUCUUGGGAUAUUACAUCGCAAAUGAACGUACGGGCGAUACGGCUGUCUGUUCCCUCACGGAAAAUGUACUGCGUAUGCUUCACAGCAGAAAAUCCGGUGUUCAUGAGCCCCUGCUAUGGAGAAUUGUUAGCACACCGUCUGGUGACAGCGUGGAUGUUCGUGGGGCCUACUACAACAGCGGCAGCAGCUCCUUCACAGACGCGCCGUCGCUCACGUUUGGUCGCUGGAACUCCGACACGCUUUCGUGUGAAACGACAGAGCCUAAAGCAGCUGCGGUUGAGGCGUUUGAGAACUCAAUGGAUGCAUUAAAACAAUUUCAGUUAGUGGACUUUGAGGAUCAUUUGGAGAGCGUACAAUUGAACUACCUCGACCAAACAGUCUCCGCCUGA